GCCGUCGUCACCGGCGCGUCCUCGGGCAUCGGUGCCGCACUCGCGCAGCGCGCGGCGGCCGCGGGCUACGGCGUCGUGCUCCACGGGCGCGACCGGGCGGCGCUGCGGCGCGUCGGCGAGGGCCUCGGUCCCGACGCGACGUGGCGCGUCGUCGUGGUGGAUCUAGCCACCCCUUCCGGCGCGAAGAAGCUCCACGGCGCGUGCCGGGGCCUCGACGUGGCGCUGCUCCUCGCCAACGCCGGCGCGGCGCGGACGGGCGCGUUCCUCGACGACGACCUCGAACGCGUCGAGUCCCUGGUGGCCCUCAACGUCGCGUCGACCGUGGACCUCUGCCACCGCUUCGGCCGCGACCUCCGGGCGCGCGGCGCCGGGCGCGUCGUCAUCACGGCGAGCCUCGUGGGCGUGCCCGCGCACGGCUGCGCGGGGUCGGCGGCGUACGCGGCGACGAAGGCGUUCCUGCGGUCCUUCGGCAACGCGCUCCACGACGAGCUCGCGGCCGCGGGCGUCCGCGUCACCGUGCUCCUCCCCGGCGCCGUCGACACGCAGUUCGCGGGCCGCGCGGGCAUGGACGACGCGCUCGUCUUCAAGGUCCCCGGCGCGCGCGCGCUCGGCGUCGUCUCCGCGCCCGACGACGUCGCGCGCGCGGCGUUUUCGCGAACCGGUCGCGAGGUCGUGCCGGGCCUCGCGAACCGC